AUGCUGCGAUAUUGGGGUGAGAUUCCGGUUUCAUCUAACCAGGCCAACCGCAGCUCCUUUGACUUGCUUCAGCGUGAGUUUCGUACUGUGGAAGUCCAGGACCCUCCGUUGCAUCAGCCGUCUGCCAACAAACCCCGGCCAACCACUAUGCUGGACAUCCCCUCGGAGCCCUGCAGCCUCACCAUCCACACCAUCCAGCUCAUCCAGCACAACAGGCGGCUGCGCAGCCUGAUCGCCAUGGCUCAGGCUCAAAACCAGCAGCAAGCAGAGGGCAUAAAAACUGAAGAUAACGAACCUCUGCCAUCUCGUCCGGCCUCUCCACCUCUCCCUGACGACCUGCUUCCCCUGGAUAGCAAAACCCCCAAAAUGCCAUUUCAGCUGAGGCACAGUGACCCAGAGAGUGAUUUCUACAGAGGAAAAGGGGAGCCAGUGACUGAGCUGAGCUGGUCCUCCUGCCGGCAGCUUCUCUACCAGUCCAUGGCCACCAUCCUGGCUCACACAGGCUUUGAGUCCGCCAACGAGAGCGUCCUGGAGACCCUGACGGAUAUUGCCCACGAGUACUGCUUGAAAUUCACCAAACUGCUGCGUUUUGCUGUCGAUCGAGAAGCUCGGCUGGGGCACACACCUUUCCCUGAUGUCAUGGAGCAGGUUUUCCACGAAGUGGGCAUCGGCAGCGUGCUCUCACUGCAGAAGUUCUGGCAACACCGCAUCAAGGAUUAUCACAGCUACAUGCUUCAGGUGAGCAAGCAGCUCUCUGAAGAGUAUGAGAAGAUUGUCAACCCUGAAAAGGCAGCAGAAGACACAAAGCCUGUGAAGAUUAAGGAGGAACCUGUUAGUGAUAUUACUUUCCCCAUAAGCGAGGAGCUGGAAGGAGAUCUGGCUUCUGGUGACCAGUCGUUGCCCGUUGGAGUCCUUGGAGCUCAAAGUGAGCGCUUCUCUGCCAACCUGGAAGUAGAAGCUUCUCCACAGACUUCAGGGGCUGAGGUGAAUGCUUCCCCGCUCUGGAAUCUGGCACAAGUGAAAAUGGAGCCACAGGAAAAUGAGGAGGCCAAUGUACAUGGCCACGGGGUCCUAGGCGGUGACGUCUUUGAGGAACCAAUGUCAGGCAUGAGCGAAGCUGGGAUGCCACAGAGCCCCAACGGUUCUGAGAGCAGCUACGGUUCUCAUUCUGCUGACAGUCUCAUGGGAUCUUCACCUGUCUUCAACCAGCGCUGCAAAAAGAAGAUGAAGAAGAUGUGA